AACAACGCUUAGUAGACCUCUUAACUUGCUCACUAUUCAGAAAAAAAAGACAAAAAAAUAACAGAAUAACAGUCACACAUAUAAAACAGGACUAAAAAGUCCUGAUCAAGAAUGGCAAGCACUAUAAAGGAAGCGUUGUCAGUGGUGAGCGAGGAUCAGUCAUUGUUUGAGUGUGCCUACGGACAGUCACAUCAUCCCAAGACCAAUAUGACUGCAUCUUCUGCCAGUGAGUAUGGCCAGACUGCCAAGAUCAGCCCUGGUGUCCACCCACAAGACUGGCUAACCCAGCCACUGGCCAGAGGCAGCAUCAAAAUGGAAUGCAACACCAGCCAAGUCAAUGGAUCCAGGAAUUCUCCCAAUGACUGCAGUGUGGGGAAAGGGUCAAAGCACAGCAGUGGAGGUGAUGGUGUGCCAGUGAACUAUGGCAGCUACAUAGAGGACAAGCACAUCCCUCCCCCAAACAUGACCACCAAUGAGCGGCGGGUCAUCGUGCCUGCAGACCCCACCUUGUGGACAACAGAGCACGUACGCCAGUGGCUUGAAUGGGCAGUGAAAGAGUACACCCUGCUGGAGGUUGACAUAUCCCUGUUCCAAAACAUUGAUGGCAAAGAGCUUUGCAAGAUGACUAAGGAGGACUUCCAGAGGCUGACCCCAACCUACAGUGCAGAAAUCCUGUUGUCACAUCUCCACUACCUCAGAGAGACUCCACUUCCUCACUUGACUUCAGAUGAUGUUGACAAAGCCUUACAAAACUCCCCGCGACUAAUGCAUGCCCGUAACACAGGAGGUGCAAGCUUCAUUUUUCCAAAUUCUCAAGUUUAUUCUGCCGACAGCACCCCAAGGCUUCCUACAAGGCCAGACUUGGCAUACGAAGUGGCGAGACGAUCAGUUUGGCCAUCCCAACCAGCAUCUACCUCCAAAAGCCCUCAAACCCCAUCAGCCAUUGUGACAAAAGCUGAGGAACAGAGACCUCAAUUAGAUCCUUAUCAAAUCUUAGGACCUACAAGCAGCAGACUUGCAAACCCAGGCUCUGGGCAAAUACAACUCUGGCAAUUUUUGCUGGAGCUGCUUUCUGACAGUUCUAACUCAAAUUGCAUCACUUGGGAGGGCACCAAUGGAGAGUUCAAAAUGACAGACCCAGAUGAGGUGGCACGACGAUGGGGGGAGCGCAAGAGCAAACCCAACAUGAACUAUGACAAGCUAAGCCGUGCCCUGCGCUACUAUUACGACAAGAACAUUAUGACCAAGGUGCACGGCAAGCGCUACGCCUACAAGUUCGACUUCCACGGCAUCGCUCAAGCUCUUCAGCCUCACCCUCCGGAAUCUUCCAUGUACAAAUACCCCUCAGACUUGUCCUACAUGAGCACUUACCAUGCACACCAGCAGAAGAUGAACUUUGUCUCCCCCCACCCUCAAGCACUGCCCGUUACCUCGUCAGGCUUCUUCGCCGCCCCUAAUCCAUACUGGAACUCUCCCACUGGGGCAAUCUAUCCCAGCGCUCGGCAUCCAGCUGCACACAUGCCUUCCCAUCUGGGCACUUACUACUAGCAGGACAGGUGCAGGGCACCACACUGAAGGAUGGCAUCGAAAAAAAAAAAAAGGGCCUCGAUCUGGGUAAUGUAGUCAGGCAUGUGCAUAAUAUGUAUGAUAUAUAUAAGGAAACAAAAUGGAAUGGAAUGGAAAUUAAGGGGAAUUAUACCGCACAAAGGAAGCUAAAAAGUGAGAGUAAGUUAAGGUGAAGGACUGUUGGUAAUGCUUAGGGCUUUGGAAGGAGGGGCUUGAAAUAUUUGACCGAGAUAUUCUAUUUGGGAAAAUAUUACUUGUGGACAACAAGAAAUGUGAAAAAUGAAAGGUGGUGGAUGUUGGCAUGAAUGUUGGAUGCUUGCCAGUUUUACAUUGCAUUUAACGCUCAUAAAUAUGGCAGUUAAUUUGCAAAGAGGUUGCUGCAUGAACAGUUAAACAGUAUUAUACACAUGUAGUAUUACACUACCUUAUUUAAGUUAUUUGGAAAUGCAGUAAAGUGAAGUUUGUUAUAGAAAGAAAUUAGUGCCCUUUUAUAUAUGGAGUGGGAUAGAGACGACUGUAGUUUCAGUGUCAGUAAACUGUGAAACAAUCACUUGCAGGAUAUGUCAGGAGGUUACUGUCAGGAAGUCAAGAAAAUGAAAAUGGUGAAAUUCAGUCAGAAAGUUUGAAAGCAUGUGAAUUUAAGUGUUAUUCAUUUGAACUGCCAAAUAUUUUAUCAGUAUUAUUUUAUGUUGCAGUUCAUAAGGCAUUAUUGAAAGUUAAGGUGGUUUACAUGAUUGUCCAUCUCAUUGGGUAUGCCUUGAAAUGUUGCAUUCAGUGUUGUGAUAAAGAACUGGAAUUUGGAGGCUUUAUGUAAUGCUAUACAUGACCUCAAAUCUCUCUCUCUCUCCUUCUCUCUCUCUCUCUCUCUCCUUCUCUCUCUCUCUCUCUCUCUCUCUCUCUCUCUCUCUCUCUCUCUCUCUCGGGUGGGGAGGGGUGAUGUUUUUGGUCAGUGCCUUAAUAGCCAUAACUCAACAUACAGCCAAAGAAAAGUACCAACUUUGUAUUAUUAUUAUUAUUAUUAUUAUUAAUAUUGUUAUUAUUAUUCUGAGUCGCGAACGCUGUGCGUUUGUUAGUGUUAAGUAUGCAAUUAAGUGUUAUAAUCCUUUUCUUAUGAUAGAUAUAUAACUUAUGCAUUUAACAUUGUGAGUUGAUCUCAACCAGCCAAGGACAGUCAAUUUUGUAAUAGAUAUUGAGAAGAUAUUGAAACUGACCAAAGUUGGCUCAAUUGUCAUGGCCUUUAAACUCUGAACUUGAAGUUCUGUGUAUGCAGGUGUUUACAACACAAAUCUUCAUAUAUACUAAUAUAAAAGAAGAGACCUGGCAUGUUAUGUCUGACCUGCUCAGUAUUACAGUUUAUUUUAUGUGUUAGAAAACACAACUGCUUUGUUAAAGCAUGAUAUACCUAGUAACUUAAAAUGUUGGAAAGAAUUUACAAAGGGAAGAAAACAUAUUCAUGGAUAAAUUAUAUGAUUUUUAUAUUGCCAUUCCAAUAAAGAAUAUGUAAAGCCAA